AUGUCACUUUUACAACAACAUUGGAAGACACUAAGUAUAUCAUUGACUGAUACUAUUCUAACCAUAUCAAUGAAUCGUCCAAAAGCUAAUGCAAUGUCACCAGAACUACUCAACGAACUCAUUCACGCUUUUAAUCAAGCUUCAAAUGAUAAUAAAAUCAAAGGCGUUCUUCUUCGAUCUAACUUAAGUUCAACAUUCAGUGCUGGUGCUGAUCUCUCAACCGUAUAUAAUUUGUCGAUUGCUCGUCAACGGGCAGUCAUAGAUAACUUCGUCUUCGAAACACUCAGUCGAGGCAUGACUGCUCCUCUACAUUGUUCAAAACCGGUUGCUUGUUCACUUGAUGGUCAUACUAUUGCUGGUGGCCUUAUGCUUGCUCUUUCUUGUGAUUAUAUUGCAAUGGGUACACGAAAACCAUUUCGUAUUGGUAUUACUGGGCCAAUUGUUGGUAUUCCGUACCCAUUAAAAGCGGUCAAACUCGUUCAACAUCAACUUGAACCUCAGUUAGGAUAUCGAUUUCUUGUCGAUGCAAAUCUUGUUUCAUCAAAUGAUUUUCCAAUUCGAUGUGAAAGAAGUGAAACACCAGAUGAUUUAGCACGAAAAUGGUUGAAAAUGAUCAGUGAAAGGCCAUUGAAAGGUUUUCAAAUAACAAAACAAAAAUGGUGGUCAGAUGUAAUAGAAUUGGAUUCGAAAGACAACGAAAAAGAAAAACAAGAAUAUUUUGAAGCAGUUACAAGCGAUGAAUGCAUGCAAGCGAUGAAAAAAGCUUUAAAUAAAGAUACUAAAUAA